GCAACUUCAAAUGCAGCUGGCCAACGUUUGAAGGAAACAUGUCUGUCUACCCGGAAACCCUAACAAAGCAGAUCUGAACGUCUCCGCGGUCUCCUCCAGCACAGUCCGUGCCAUUAAGAGUCAAAUUGAGUUGGUUUAGUGUUGAAAACAAGACAGAGUUUGGAAACAAAAUAGAAAAGUAUGAAAACACCCUCAGUGUUAUUCGCCUGCAGCAGAACAGUACCCGAACUCUACACCGCCCCUCUGUGCGUCGACGCGCUGAGCCAGGGUGGAGUUUUUCGCAAGCCGCUGCCGAGGGAUAGGGAGAGGAACUGAGAAAAAGUCGUCUUCUGGCCUUUCCCCUGGUGGAAAACUUUAUUUGUUGUCGGGAGUUAAUUUAAGGAUCGUUAAAUCAGCUCUGUUUUCCGUGUUUGAGUGGCCGUCGACGAGAGUGGAUUAACGCGCCCAGCUAGGUAGAAGAAACACAGAGCUGAUCAUCUGAGUGGCUGUUACAAAAAAUUGGUUCAAGUCAGGUGUGAGUUGGGUGGAGGUGCAGAGCAGCAAUCAUGGUGACCCUGUCAUUAAAGAUUAGUGUGGGGAAUGUAGUGAAAACUAUGCAGUUUGAGCCCUCCACCAUGGUCUACGAUGCCUGUCGCAUCAUCAGGGAGAGAGUCCCAGAGGCACAGCUUGGCCAGCCAAAUGACUACGGACUGUUUUUGUCUGAUGAAGAUCCAAAGAAAGGCAUCUGGUUGGAGGCUGGAAAGGCUCUGGACUACUACAUGUUAAGGAAUGGGGACACUCUGGAAUACAAGAAGAAGCAGAGGCCACUGAAGAUCCGCAUGUUGGAUGGGACAGUGAAGACUGUAAUGGUGGAUGACUCCAAGAUUGUCAGUGACAUGCUGAUGACCAUAUGUGCUAGAAUAGGUAUUACAAACUAUGAUGAAUAUUCACUGGUGCGAGACAUUGGUGAAGAGAAGAAGGAGGAAACCACAGGAACCCUGAAAAGAGACAAAACUCUUUUAAGAGAUGACAAGAAAAUGGAAAAGCUGAAGCAGAAACUCCACACAGACGAUGAGUUGAACUGGUUGGACCAUGGACGGACACUGAGGGAACAGGGCGUGGAGGAGACAGAGAUGUUGCUGCUGCGAAGAAAAUUCUUCUACUCAGACCAAAAUGUGGAUUCCAGAGAUCCCGUCCAGCUCAACCUGCUUUAUGUGCAGGCUCGCGAUGACAUCCUGAAUGGAUCUCAUCCAGUCUCCUUUGAUAAGGCCUGUGAGUUUGCAGGCUAUCAGUGUCAGAUUCAAUUUGGGGAUCACAACGAGUCCAAACACAAGUCUGGCUUUUUAGAUUUAAAAGAGUUCCUUCCCAAAGAAUACAUCAAGAACAAAGGGGAGAAGAAGAUCUUCCAGGCACACAAAAACUGUCAAAACAUGACAGAGAUUGAGGCUAAAGUCAACUAUGUGAAGCUGGCCAGGUCCCUGAAAACGUAUGGUGUGUCAUUCUUUCUGGUCAAGGAGAAAAUGAAGGGUAAGAACAAAUUGGUGCCUCGACUUCUGGGUAUAACCAAAGAAUGCGUGAUGAGGGUUGAUGAGAAGACCAAGGAGGUGAUCCAGGAGUGGAACCUGACCAACAUUAAACGUUGGGCUGCCUCACCAAAGAGCUUCACCCUGGACUUUGGAGAUUACCAGGACGGUUACUAUUCUGUGCAGACCACUGAGGGAGAGCAGAUAGCUCAGCUUAUUGCUGGUUACAUCGACAUCAUCCUUAAAAAGAAAAAGAGCAAAGACCACUUUGGCUUGGAGGGAGAUGAAGAGUCAACCAUGCUAGAAGACUCUGUGUCACCCAAAAAGUCCACGGUGUUGCAGCAACAGUUCAACAGGGUCGGCAAAGUGGAGACAGGCUCAGUGGCCCUGCCAGCCAUCAUGCGCUCAGGAGCUGGUGGACCAGAGAGCUUCCAGAUGGGCUCCAUGCCUCAAGCUAAGCAGCACAUAACCAGUGGACAGAUGCACAGAGGACAUAUGCCUCCACUGACUUCAGCACAGCAAGCCCUGACUGGAACCAUUAACUCCAGUAUGCAUGCUGUCCAGGCUGCCCAAGCUUCACUGGAUGAUUUUGAUACUCUGCCUCCAUUAGGAACAGAUGCAGCAUCUCAAGCUUGGCGCAAAAACAAGAUGGAUGAGUCCAAACAUGAAAUCCAUUCACAGGUGGAUGCCAUUACAGCAGGCACAGCCUCCAUGGUCAACCUCACUGCGGGUGAUCCAGCAGAGACAGAUUACACAGCAGUAGGCUGUGCUGUUACUACAAUCUCCUCCAACCUAACAGAGAUGUCAAAGGGUGUUAAACUUCUGGCAGCACUUAUGGAGGAUGAAGGAGGAAAUGGACAGCAUCUGCUUGGUGCUGCCAAGAACCUGGCCUGUGCUGUCUCUGAAAUGCUAAAGACUGCCCAACCUGCAAACACAGAGCCUCGUCAGAAUCUGCUGCAGGCUGCUGGAAAUGUGGGCCAAGCCAGCGGAGAGCUGCUUUCUCACAUAGGCGAGGCAGACACUGAUCAACAGUUCCAGGACAUGCUGAUGCAAUUGGCUAAAGCUGUGGCUAAUGCUGCAGCAGCUCUGGUGCUCAAAGCAAAGAAUGUGGCCCAGAAGACAGAAGACUCAGCCCAGCAGAACCGGGUCAUCGCAGCAGCAACUCAAUGCGCUUUGUCCACAUCUCAGCUAGUGGCUUGCACAAGAGUGGUGGCUCCAACAAUCAGCUCUCCAGUGUGCCAGGAGCAGCUAAUUGAGGCGGGCAAGCUGGUGGCUAAGUCAGUAGAGGGCUGUGUUGAGGCAUCACAGGGAGCGACCAAUGAUGAUGGUCUCCUGAAACAGGUGGGCAUGGCUGCCACAGGUGUCACACAGGCUCUUAAUGAGCUCCUUCAACACAUCAAACAAUAUGCCAGUGGAGGCCAUCCCAUUGGACGUCAUGGAGAAGCCACUGACCGCAUUUUGGAUGUCACUGAGAACAUCUUUAGCUCUAUGGGAGAUGCUGGUGAGAUGGUCCGUCAGGCUCGUAUCCUUGCUCAAGCCACCUCUGAUCUGGUCAAUGCUAUCAAGAUGGAUGCAGAAGGAGAGUCUGACCUAGAGAACUCACGCAAGCUUCUUUCUGCUGCCAAGCUGCUGGCUGAUGCCACAGCCAAGAUGGUGGAGGCCGCUAAGGGUGCAGCAGCAAAUCCCGACAGUGAGGAACAGCAGCAGAAAUUACGAGAGGCGGCUGAAGGUCUCCGCAUGGCCACCAACGCUGCGGCGCAGAAUGCUAUCAAGAAACGCCUAGUCAACAAACUGGAGAACGCAGCCAAACAAGCAGCAGCAGCAGCCACUCAGACCAUUGCUGCUGCACAACAUGCAGCCUCAACCAACAAGAACCAGGCUGCCCAGCAGCAGCUUGUUGUGGGCUGCAAGGCUGUCGCAGAGCAGAUCCCUCAGCUGGUUCAGGGAGUCAGAGGCAGCCAGUCUCAGCCUGACAGCCCAAGUGCACAGCUGGCUCUCAUUAGUGCCAGCCAGAACUUCCUGCAGCCCGGUGCUAAGAUGGUUACAGCCUCCAAAGCUGCUGUUCCCACCAUCAGUGACCAGGCUUCAGCUAUGCAGCUCAGCCAGUGUGCUAAAAACCUGGCCAGUGCCUUGGCAGAGCUCCGCACUGCCUCACAAAAGGCUCAGGAAGCUUGUGGACCACUGGAAAUAGACAAUGCUCUAUCAACGGUGAGAGAUUUGGAAAAGGAGAUUCAAGAGGCCAAGGCAUCAGCAGAAGAAGGCAAACUUAAACCACUACCAGGAGAGACGCUUGAGAAAUGCUCCCAGGAUCUGGGUAACAGCACCAAGGCUGUGAGCUCAGCCAUAGCCCAGCUGCUGAGUGAAGCCACCCAGGGAAAUGAGAACUACACUGGUAUGGCAGCCAGAGAUGUGGCUCAGGCUCUAAAGUCACUAGCUUCGGCUGCCAGAGGAGUCGCUGCUACCACAGAUGACUCAGCAGCACGUAGUGCCAUACUGGACUGUGCUGGGGAUGUCAUGGACAAGUCAUCCAACCUUAUUGAAGAGACCAAGAGGGCCAUUGCUAAACCAGGAGCUGCAGAGAGUCAGCAGAGAUUGGCCCAGGUGGCUAAGGCGGUUUCCCAGGCCUUGAACAGAUGUGUGAAUUGCCUUCCUGGCCAGAGGGAUGUAGACAAUGCCAUCCGCACUGUGGGCGAAGCUAGCAAGUCUCUCCUGGCUGAUUCCUUCCCGUCUAGUGGAAAGAGCUUCCAGGAGGUUCAAGCUCAUCUCAACGAGGUUGCAGCUGGUCUAAAUCAAUCAGCCAAUGAAGUGGUCCAGUCAUCCAGAGGAACUACCCAGGACCUGGCCAGGGCCACUAGCAAAUUUGGACAGGAAUUUAGCAACUUCCUAGAGGCUGGUGUUGACAUGGCUGGAACAUCUCAGUCUAAGGAGGACCAGACCCAGGUGGUGUCUAACCUGAAGACAAUCUCAAUGUCAUCAAGCAAGCUGCUUUUAGCAGCUAAAGCUCUGUCCACUGAUCCUAGCUCCCCCAACCUCAAGAACCAGCUGGCAGCAGCUGCCCGGGCUGUUACAGACACUAUUAACCAGCUCAUCACCAUGUGCACUCAGCAGGCUCCAGGUCAGAAGGAGUGUGAUAAUGCUCUCAGAGAGCUUGAGUCAGUGAAGGGGAUGCUGGAGAACCCGACAGAAGCAAUCACUGAGCUGUCAUACUUUGACUGCAUUGACAGUGUCAUGGAGAACUCCAAGGUCCUCGGUGAGUCCAUGGCUGGUAUUUCUCAUAAUGCCAAAAACUCCAACCUGCCCGAGUUUGGUGACUCAGUCAGUACUGGCUCCAGAGCUCUUUGUGGUCUCACUGAAGCAGCUGCACAGGCUGCCUAUUUACUGGGUGUAUCAGACCCCAACAGCACAGCAGGUCAGAAGGGCCUGGUAGACCCUGCUCAGUUUGCACGAGCCAAUCAGUCUAUUCAGAUGGCCUGUCAGAACCUGGUGGACCCAGCUUGUACUCAAUCCCAGGUGCUCUCCGCAGCAACCAUAGUGGCCAAGCACACCUCUGCGCUCUGUAAUGCCUGCAGAUUGGCCUCCUCUAAAACUCCUAACCCUAUUGCCAAGAGGCAGUUUGUCCAGUCAGCCAAAGAAGUGGCCAACACCACUGCCAACUUGGUCAAAUCCAUAAAGGCUUUGGAUGGAGCCUUUAACCAGGCGAACAGAGAAAAGUGUAAAGCUGCCACUGGCCCUCUAAUAGAAGCUGUGGACAACCUGACUGCUUUUGCCUCCAAUCCUGAAUUCGCCAGCAUUCCUGCUCAGAUCAGCCCUGAGGGUCUUGCAGCUAUGGAGCCCAUUGUGGCAGCAGCUAAGACAAUGCUGGAAAGCUCCACUGGCCUGAUCCAGACUGCCCGUUCUUUGGCUGUCAACCCCAAAGACCCGCCCAAGUGGUCCGUGCUUGCUGGACACUCCAGAACUGUGUCUGACUCCAUCAAGAAACUCAUCACCAACAUGAGAGAAAAAGCUCCUGGCCAGAGAGAAUGUGAUGAUGCUAUUGAAGCGCUAAAUGGCUGCAUCCGUGAAGUUGAUCAGGCCUCUCUGGCAGCCAUAAGCCAGCACCUAACACCACGAGAGGACAUCUCAAUGGAGACUCUCCAUGAGCAGAUGGCUGCCUCAGUCCAUGAGAUUAGUAACUUGAUUGAUCCCGUGGCUGUAGCUGCUCGAUCUGAGGCCUCCCAGCUGGGACACAAGGUCUCUCAGAUGGCCAGUUACUUUGAGCCCCUGAUCAUGGGAGCCAUUGGCACAGCAUCCAAGAUUCUCAAUAGUCAACAACAGAUGGCUGUUUUAGACCAAACCAAAACCCUGACUGAGUCGGCCCUGCAGAUGCUCUACACUGCUAAGGAGGCUGGAGGCAAUCCAAAGGCAGCCCACAUGCACGAGGCCUUGGAGGAGUCCGUGCAGAUGAUGAAAGAAGCAGUGGAUGACUUGGGUGCCACACUGUCUGAAGCAGCCAGUGCAGCUGGUGCAGUAGGUGGUAUGGUGGACUCCAUCAAUGAUUCCAUCAAUAAAAUGGAAGAUACACCAAUGCAAGAACCUGAAGGCACCUUUGUGGACUACCAGACUACCAUGGUUAAGACAGCCAAGGCCAUCGCUGUGACUGUGCAAGAGAUGGUGACCAAGUCUAACACCAACCCAGAUGACCUUGGAGGAUUAGCUAACGAGCUGACCAAUGAGUUUGGAAAUCUUGCGAACGAAGCCAAAUAUGCAGCCGUUACUGCAGAGAAUCAUGAAAUUGGUUCUCAUAUUAAGAAGCAGGUGGGUGAGUUGGGUUUCACCUGCACAAGUCUGGUGACAAAAGCUGGAGCUCUUCAGUGCAGCCCUAAUGACACCUUUACUAAGAAAGAGCUGAUUGAAAGCGCACGGAAAGUCUCUGAGAAGGUCUCCCAUGUGUUAGCAUCUCUGCAGGCAGGUAACCGUGGCACCCAGGCCUGCAUCACUGCUGCCAGUGCAGUGUCUGGAAUUAUUGCAGACCUUGACACCACCAUUAUGUUUGCAACUGCUGGAACUUUGAACCGUGAAAAUGCAGAAACCUUCGCUGACCACAGGGAAUGCAUCCUAAAGACAGCCAAGGCUCUGGUGGAGGACACCAAGUUGCUGGUGGCUGGUGCUGGGGCCAGUCAGGAAAGGCUGGCCCAGGCGGCCCAGUCCUCAGUGUCCACCAUUACCAAACUGGCAGAUGUGGUAAAACUGGGGGCAGCCAGCUUGGGUUCCGAAGACCCAGAGACCCAGGUGGUGUUGAUCAAUGCAGUGAAAGAUGUGGCCAAAGCCCUAGGAAACCUCAUCAGCGCCACAAAGGCAGCUGCAGGCAAGCCUCACGAUGACCCCAGCAUGCUGCAGCUUAAAAAUUCUGCUAAGGUGAUGGUGACCAAUGUAACAUCGCUUCUGAAGACUGUGAAGGCUGUGGAGGAUGAAGCCACCAAGGGGACGAGAGCUUUGGAGGCCACUAUUGAACACAUCAAACAGGAAUUGGCUGUAUUCAACAGUGCUGAUCCUCCAGCAAAGACCACCACACCAGAAGAGUUCAUCCGCAUGACUAAAGGAAUUACAAUGGCAACAGCAAAGGCAGUGGCUGCUGGGAACUCUUGUCGUCAGGAAGACAUCAUUGCCACAGCUAACCUUAGCAGAAGGGCCAUUGCUGAGAUGCUGCAUUCCUGCAAGCAAGCUGCCUACCACCCAGAGGUCAGCAAAGACGUGCAAAUGAGAGCUCUGCGCUAUGGCAAAGAAUGUGCUUCUGGAUAUCUGGGAUUGCUGGAGCAUGUAUUGGUGAUCAUCAUGAAGCCAUCUCAUGAUCUGAAGCAGCAGUUGGCCAGCUACUCCAAGCAGGUGGCAGGCUCCGUCACUGAGCUUAUCCAGGCUGCUGAGGCCAUGAAAGGCACAGAGUGGGUGGACCCUGAGGAUCCCACUGUCAUUGCAGAGAAUGAACUGCUGGGAGCAGCAGCAGCUAUUGAAGCUGCUGCCAAGAAACUGGAGCAGCUGAGGCCGAGGACUAAGCCCAAGGAGGCCGAUGAGAGCUUGAACUUUGAGGAGCAGAUUCUGGAGGCAGCCAAGUCUAUUGCAGCUGCCACCAGUGCUCUGGUAAAAGCUGCUUCAGCAGCACAGAGGGAGCUGGUGGCUCAAGGGAAGGUGGGGGCAAUCCCAGCUAAUGCUGUAGAUGAUGGACAGUGGUCUCAGGGGCUCAUUUCAGCUGCUCGAAUGGUCGCUGCAGCAACCAACAACCUGUGUGAGGCAGCAAACUCUGCAGUACAGGGACAUGCCAGUGAAGAGAAGCUCAUCUCAUCAGCAAAGCAGGUGGCAGCCUCCACUGCUCAGCUGCUGGUAGCCUGCAAGGUCAAGGCUGACCAGGACUCACAGACCAUGAAGAGGCUCCAGGCUGCUGGAAAUGCUGUGAAAAGAGCCUCUGAUAAUCUGGUGAAAGCAGCACAAAAAGCAGCAUUUGAAGAACAAGACGACCAGGCUGUGGUGGUCAAGAGUAAGAUGGUGGGAGGUAUUGCUCAGAUCAUUGCCGCUCAGGAGGAGAUGCUACGGAAAGAAAGGGAAUUGGAGGAAGCCAGGAAGAAGUUGGCCAUGAUCAGACAACAGCAGUACAAAUUCCUCCCGUCAGAACUGCGGGAAGAUGGCCAGGAACAGUGAGAGAAUAAGUGUGCGUCUGUAGCAGCAUGCAGUGUCGUCAGCAGAAGUCAUCUUUGGAAUGAUAAGAACCUGUUCUCAGCUCAUCUUUAAGUGGAGAAAACUAUAACAUAUAACUAUAACUGUAACAUUAAACAAUCUGACUUCAAUUCCACAGCAAACUGUUUCACAUUUAGUUUCAAAAGUUAACAAUGACGUCCGUAACGCUGAUUAAGGUAUCUGUACUUUUGAUUAUAUGGUUACACACCUAUCAGUAUAUUUUUCUCUAUUUUGAAUUCUUUUUUUUUUCAUCUUUGUGUGUACAUGCUGUGUAAAAUGGCAGUCACGCCAUUAAAUUAUACUUGCCUUAACUGUCCUAGAUAUAGAUAUCUUAUAUAGGCAAGCAGAAUUAAUGCUUCCAUGACAAUUAUGCAGAAUCUAUGCAAAUUUUAUAUGCCGUGUGUGCGUGCGUGUGUGUGCUGGUAUGCGUGUGUGUGUGUUUACAGACACAAAGUGCCUUGAUGUAUAGGAGUUCAUUGUGAAAAAGAGAUCUGUGGUUGUAUGACAGUAAUGAUAUUCAAUAUGUUAAUUGACGUACUGGUUAAACUUAAUAUAUAAAAUUACACAUUUUAAAUCUAAAUUGGGAUAAAAUAAUUAUACAGUGGAAAAAAUCAUAGUGUUUUUUUACAACCUUCAGAAUAUGUUAAAAGGAUAUCCUCCAGUACAUUGCUAUGUUUUUCUGUGUGGGUUUUUGGAUUUAACCAUCUUCAGUAUUUAGCCAGAAAUCAGACUAGAGGACUCAUUUGUGUUCAAAUAAUGAAGCCAUAUAUUUAAUUUUUAAAUAUUUGAGAUUGUUGCAAAGAGUCCAGCACUGUCAGGAUUUCUUUAAACAAAUAAAGUGUUUUAAAUUUAUACCUUUAUGUAUUAUGUACCAGGGACAUGGGAUCAGCUGUAAGUUUAUACUUGUAUCCUAAGUUUUUAGUACUUUCUAUGUAACAUGACUUGUGCUUGAUGAGGGUCUAGUAGAGAAAAAUUAUGAAUAUAUUUUUGCAAUUACACAGUGAAAGUGUAUUUGCAACAGGAAUAUUUGACAUUAAAUUGACUGUAUUUGGAUUCUUAGUGGUUAUUGACUUGCUCCUAUGAUAUGUUAUUUGUGGGAUUUUUCUAAAGAAUUCCUACAACUGAAAAGGAAAUGAUCUGAGGUAUAUAUUGGCAUUUUAUAUGGAUGAACACAAAAAUAGAUUAUAAGAUAAUGAUUAAAAUCUGCCCUUACGUUGGCCUUUUUUUCUUUUGCAUAUUAUUUGCAUAUUAUUUUUAGGAUAGCUAGAGCAGUAUGCAGUAUAACAUACAAAGGCUUUUUAAAAUUUUGUGCACAUUUUGACUAAUUAUAAUGCUCAUUCACAAUAGUACCGAUGAUGGACACUGUAACUGUGAUUUAUAUUCAAUAAAGACAGUGUUUAAAGAGA